GGGGGGGGGGGAGGGCGGUGAGUCUGCCGAGGGCCAUGUGUUCCUGGUGAGGCCUCAUCUCCUGCCAAAAUGAGGCCGACGCCCGGCUCGCCCGGACCCGUCCUGCCGGCCGUCCUGGCUCUCGCCGUGGCCGCCUUCUUGCCCCGGCUGUCCUCGGGAGCCACGCCGUUCCCCCAGGACCUGGAGCCCAUCGGCAUCGUGGGCCGAGAGUCCUCCUACCUCUACCCCAGCUUCCAGGGACUCAUGUCGGACAACGAGACCGUGCGCCUGGGCCUGGACUUCCAGAGGAUGCUGAGGAUCAACCGGAUGCUCUACAUCGCUGCCCGGGACCACGUGUUUGCCAUCAAUCUUGCCGCUUCGUCGGAGCAGAUAAUCCCACAGCAGAAGCUGACUUGGAAGACGAAGGACGUGGAGAAGUGCACCGUGAGGGGGAAGAACAGCGACGAGUGUUACAACUACAUCAAAGUGCUGGUGCCGCGCAACGACGAGACGCUCUUCGCCUGCGGCACCAACGCCUUCAACCCCACCUGCCGCAACUACAAGAUGUCCACGCUGGAGCAGGAGGGGGAGGAGGUGGUGGGACAGGCCCGCUGUCCCUUCGAGUCCCGCCAGUCCAACGUGGGCCUGUUUGCAGGUGAGCGAUGCGAUCCGGCGGCCGUGAAAACGCCCGCGUGUUCAUCGCUCCUUUUUUUUUUAAAGCUUCCCGUUUAUAUUCAAAGUGGUUUCACGUCCCGUUUGAUAUUCUCACCUGGAGGGACUUAUUUAAGCAUUUGUCCGCUCACAAAACAAGGAUUUUGGCCGUCCGCUAAUCUCCUGACUGAUGAGUCGCCUCCACACAACGGCAACUUUCAGCGUUGUUGUUGCGUUGAGGUGUUUGAUCAAAAGACACGGGCCGUGCCUCUUAUCCGUCUCCAGGAACAAACCGUCUUGCAAUGCGGCGAGAAGAUCUCAGGCGCGUCUGAUAGGAAAAAAGCAAAACACAGAUUUCUAAUUGUUGCAGAUUCUCUUUUUUCUGUGGUUCUGAUCGCGGCCAUUUCGACACAACCGAUUGGAUCCUGGCGCCGUCUCCUCUCUCGCCGCCUGCACACGCGCUCUCACCGCACGUCUUUCCCAAUUGAGAACUUCUUCUCCUCGUCUCCCGCAGAGCCCCAUUUCCUCCACGCCAUCGAGUACGGGAACUACGUGUACUUCUUCUUCAGCGAGAUCGCGGUGGAGUACACCACUCUGGGGAAGGUGGUCUUCUCCAGAGUGGCGCGCGUUUGCAAGAACGACAACGGCGGCUCGCCGAGGGUGCUGGAGCGCUACUGGACGUCCUUCCUCAAAGCCCGGCUCAACUGCUCGGUGCCGGGCGACUCCUUCUUCUACUUCGACGUGCUGCAGUCGCUGACCAACGUGCUGCAGAUCAACCGCCGGCCGGCCGUGCUCGGCGUCUUCACCACGCAGGCCAACAGCAUCACGGGCUCCGCGGUCUGUGCCUUCUACAUGGACGACAUCGAGAAGGCCUUCGGCGGCAAAUUCAAAGAGCAGCGGAACAGCGAGACGGCGUGGACACCUGUCCCAGAGGACCAGGUCCCCAAACCCAGGCCGGGAUGCUGCGCCGGCGAGGGCUCGGCGGCGGCCUACAAGUCGUCCACCACCUUCCCCGACGACACCCUGACUUUCAUCAAGUCGUACCCGCUCAUGGACGAGUCCGUCCCCUCCGUCAACGACCGGCCCUUCUUCACCCGGACCACCAGCAGAUUCAAGUUGACCCAGAUAGCGGUGGACACGUCGGCGGGGCCGUCCAAGAACCGCACGGUGGUCUUCCUGGGCUCGGACAACGGCCGCGUGCUGAAGAUCCUGGCCAGCACCGAGGGAGCCAACGCGUCCUUCAGCACCCAGCUGCUGGAGGACAUCGACGUCUACAACCCCAACAAAUGUAACGUGCAAGGGGAGGACAGGAGGGUCCUGGGCCUGGAGUUGGAUCGGGAUCACCACGCGCUCUUCGUGGCCUUCUCCGGCUGCGUGAUCCGCGUGCCGCUGAGCCGCUGCUCCGACUACAGCGGCUGCAAGAAAAGCUGUCUGUCCUCGCGGGACCCUUACUGCAUCUGGCUCAAGUCAGGCAGCUGUGCAACGAUCUCCCCGGGCUUCAAGGGCGGCUUUGAACAGGAUGUGGAGAACGGUUACCAUCAGCACGCCGAAACCUGCCACGAUGUGCUGGCGACCACUCGCAAGCAAAACCCGGGGCUGGAUUCGGCGUACGGGAAGACCACACCCACAAGCGCCACCACAACCUAUCAUGGGGCGGCGUUCCCUAAGGAGGCAGGUGACCCUGAAAGAGGUACAGGUCCUGAUGGCCCUCCCCCCGUGGGGGAGCAAGGGUCACCUGACUCGGAGCCAAUCAGUGUGGAGAUGGAGGGUGUGAGGCGGCCGCCGGAGCUGGAGAAGACCAACCACAGCGUCCACUACACUCUCCUCAUCGCGUGUGUUUUGGUGGCCUUUGUCCUUGGCGCCUUCCUCUCUGGCUUCCUGGUCUCCUGCUACUGUAACCACACGGGCCACAAGACAAAGAAGUUGUCGAAAGAUCCCGAGGCGCCGAUCCCGCACGCGCUGUCCCUCCGCAGUCUGGCCAAGCUCAACGGCCUCCUGGACGGCCAGAGUAAGGACGACAAGCUGGAGGUGUCCUCUCCGAAGAUCUACAAUUCCUUCUUUGCCAACAGCAAGGAGCAUCACGCGCCGAGGAGAAACGGCCAUCACGCUAUGACAAUGGGAGACCUGGUCCACCCCCACCACCACCAUCACCACCAUCACCUCCACCAUUCCCCAGAGCUGUCUGGGCUGCCUACGCCAGACUCCACCCCAGAACUGCCCAUCAAGAGCAUGAAAGCCUUCAAGAACCAGUGGGAGAAAAACCAGAAUUGCAACAAUGCCAAGGAUCCAAAGUCCCACAACGCUGGCUCCAGGUCCAGCUCCGCCCUGCUUCACCAGCAGGUCUUCCCGUACUCCCACGGCCUUUCCAAUGGGCAGCCAUUAGUCGGAGGUCACCUCCACCCAGAGGAACGCAAAAUCCACAACGUUGAACGGGUGCUAUCUCAGCAACCUUACCCUGGUUACUCCCAGAAGGUGAUGGAGGUCACCUCACUGGAUGAGCUCCUGAAACACAUCCACGAGGCCAGCAGCAGCUCCCAGUUGAUGAGCCCGUCGGGCCUGAUGGCCUGUGGUGGCGGCGGUCAGCUCGCAUUCGCCAACCGCAUCCAACCUCAGAUUCCCGAGACUGAAUCCGCCCCCUACUACAGCUCAUCCACGUUGCCCCGAGACAGCCUCACCCGACGCAUGGAUGUUCCUCCGGACAUUCCCCCGCACCACCAGUCCACCCUGGAGAGGAGGCACUCCUCCCAGAGGCACUCGCUAAUGGCCGCCGCCAACAAGAUGCCCAACGGAGGAGGAGGUGGAGGAGGAGGAGGAGGAGGAAUGAUACCUCGCCAGCACAGCUUCAGCCAACGAAACGGCGGGCCUCACCAGCCGCCUCCCCUCCUGGCGCGGAUGAACUCGACGGGCAGCGCCUGCGAGGUGCACUACCCGCUCAUCCCCAACGGGUACCUGACGCGCCAACACAGCUACAACGGAGAGCAGCAGGAGGCCCAACACCGGGGCGCCAUUGUCCGCCGGGCCUCCUCUCUUAAACCCGACGUCCCUCCGAAGCCCCUGUUCAUACCCGCCACGUCCCCCGUCAACCAGCAGGGAAAGUUCAACUACUGAGGAGGCGCACUCCUGGACUCGAGAGGGAGCCUCCCUUGCGUCGCGUGUCCUUGAAGGAACGUCCCUUCUGGAGAAAUGCAGUGGGCUCGAGGUGGCAGACCUUCACAAGCAAGCCGGUGGCGCGGCAGCCAGCGCCGCCGUGGACGAAAGCCUCCACCAAACUCGUUUUUUUGUUCUUCUUCUUUUUGUCCAACGAAUAUCUUUGUACCAUAUUGGUAUUGCUCAGCUUCUCGCUUACUACCGGCCCGCGGACUCAGGUGAGGUGACCCCACCCCUUAAUAUU